GUUUUCAUCACUGUAAUAGGAACGCCUCCACAGGUAGAUAUGUGAAUGACCAGCGGACCCAGAGCUGGAGAGUUCGCGGAAAUUUCAGCCAGAAGGCAGAACAUUACGAAGGUAGCACAGAAUGGACGGCAUUUAUGGCGAUAUUACGAAGGUCGAAACAACUGGCGCGUCACAAAAAACCGCUAAACAGGACAGCCUGAGUGUGCAGGGAGUGGAGGCAUCCCACAAGUUGGCACAGAGUGAUCUGACCAGGAUGAACAAGUAUAAAGAUGUCAUCACAAAAGUGGCAAAGGCUCACAAAAUAGAACCUGCCGUGAUCGCGGGUAUUAUUUCCCGUGAGUCCAGGGCCGGGGCCCCCGGAGUUCUUACAAACGGCUGGGGUGACCAUGGCAACGGGUUUGGACUCAUGCAGGUUGACAAGCGGUACCACAGUCCAAAGGGGGAGUGGAAUAGCGAGCAGCACAUCACUCAAGGCACUGUGAUUUUGAUUGAUUUCAUCAAGAAGAUUCAGAAAAAAUUCCCACCCUGGUCCAAGGAGCAACAAUUAAAAGGUGGAAUAUCAGCCUACAAUGCUGGAGUUGGGAAUGUCCGGACUUAUGAGCGAAUGGACAUCGGCACCACCGGGGAUGACUACGGCAGUGACGUUGUGGCCAGAGCCCAGUGGUUCAACAAGAAUGGUUUUUAAAGGAGGGGAAAAUAAAUAAAAUAAUGAAAACGAAUGAGGUGAAAUUUUGUAAAUCAAUAGACACUUAAUAAAUAAAUUAUAGAUUCCAUACUUGUUUAUUUUUUAAUCUCAUUAAAAUAUAUAUAUAUAGGGAGUGAAGUAAAUGAAAACCUUGUAAAUAUGAUCUUAUGAAAUUCUAAAUCAAUGGUACUUGAUAAAUGUUGCUAUACUAUUUUGAUAUGAUUGGAAAUUUGAAACAAGUGCCACUAUAUUGUAAGAAGACUACCAGAUAGUCCAAAAUAGCAAGCAUUUUACAAGGUCAAUCCAUGAGGUGAGGAAAUGCUAUUGUCCAGUUACCCUAACAUAGAAUUAAGUAGUUAGUGUCUGAGUAUAGAUAAGGACUGAAAAAAGUGUGAAAUUGUAUUCGUUUAAAUGGGGGAGCUAAGUAUAAAAAGUGCUGUAAUUUGUACAUGUUGAAACCAAAAUGUAUAAAAAUACCCAGUAAUAAAUGCUGAGAAUUUGCACUUAAA